GCUCCAGACCCUGGGGACGGAGACCUACCGGCCCAGCUCCGCCUCCCAGUGCGUGGCCGGGAUCGCCUGCGCCGAAAUCCCCAUGAACCAGUGGCCAGAGCUCAUCCCCCAGCUGGUGGCCAACGUCACCAACCAGCACAGCACCGAGCACAUGAAAGAGUCCACGCUGGAGGCCAUCGGCUACAUCUGCCAGGACAUCGAUCCAGAGCAGCUCCAGGACAAAUCCAACGAGAUCCUGACAGCCAUCAUCCAGGGAAUGAGGAAGGAAGAGCCCAGCAACAACGUCAAGCUCGCGGCCACAAACGCACUCCUGAACUCUUUGGAAUUCACCAAAGCAAACUUUGACAAAGAGGUGAGGAGGGAAAAAAAAAAACCCCCCCUUGGCCUCAGAUCCCGGGGCUGAAUCCACGGUCUAAACAACCUGUUCCAAUGUCCUUUUUUUGGCGUUUCCCUGUCCCAGAUCACGAUCGAGGCCAUGAAGAGCGACAUCGACGAGGUGGCUCUGCAGGGCAUCGAGUUCUGGUCCAACGUGUGCGACGAGGAGAUGGAUCUGGCCAUCGAGGCCUCGGAGGCAGCAGAACAAGGGAGGCCUCCAGAGCACACCAGCAAGUUCUAUGCCAAGGGGGCACUGCAGUAUUUGGUCCCAAUCCUCACACAGACCUUGACCAAGCAGGAUGAGAACGACGACGACGACGACUGGAACCCCUGCAAGGCUGCUGGGGUGUGCCUGAUGCUGCUGGCCACGUGCUGCGAGGACGACAUCGUCCCCCACGUGCUGCCCUUCAUCAAGGAGCACAUCAAGAACCCCGACUGGAGGUACCGGGACGCGGCCGUGAUGGCCUUCGGAUGCAUCCUGGAAGGGCCGGAGCCCAACCAGCUCAAACCUUUAGUAAUACAGGCCAUGCCCACGUUGAUAGAGCUGAUGAAGGACCCCAGCGUGGUGGUGAGGGACACGACGGCCUGGACGGUGGGGCGGAUCUGCGAGAUGCUGCCCGAGGCCGCCAUCAACGACAUCUACCUGGCCCCGCUGCUGCAGUGCCUCAUGGAGGGGCUCAGCGCCGAGCCCAGGGUGGCCACCAACGUCUGCUGGGCUGAGCCACUGGGAGCUGCAAAUUAUCCCUUCUGUUCCAGGCCUGAUGGACACCAGAAUAACUUGAGGAGUUCUGCAUAUGAAUCCCUGAUGGAAAUAGUGAAAAACAGUGCCAAGGACUGUUAUCCUGCUGUCCAAAAAACAACCCUGGUCAUCAUGGAGCGGCUCCAGCAAGUGCUGCAGAUGGAGUCUCACAUCCAGAGCACCUCAGACAGAAUCCAGUUCAACGACCUCCAGUCCCUCCUGUGCGCGACUCUCCAGAACGUGCUGAGGAAGGUGCAGCACCAGGAUGCCCUGCAGAUCUCGGACGUGGUCAUGGCCUCGCUGCUGAGGAUGUUCCAGAGCACGGCGGGCUCGGGGGGAGUGCAGGAGGACGCCCUGAUGGCCGUCAGCACCCUGGUGGAAGUCUUAGGUGGAGAGUUCCUGAAGUACAUGGAUGCCUUCAAACCCUUCCUUGGCAUUGGACUGAAGAACUAUGCCGAGUACCAGGUCUGCCUGUCUGCAGUGGGCCUGGUUGGGGACUUGUGCAGAGCCCUGCAGUCCAACAUCCUGCCUUUCUGUGACGAGGUUAUGCAGCUGCUCCUGGAGAACUUGGGGAAUGAAAAUGUCCAUAGGUCUGUGAAGCCCCAGAUCCUCUCAGUGUUUGGGGACAUCGCCCUGGCCAUUGGGGGGGAGUUUAAGAAGUACCUGGACGUGGUGCUGAACACCCUCCAACAGGCAUCCCAGGCACAGGUGGACAAGUCUGACUAUGACAUGGUGGAUUACCUGAACGAGCUGAGGGAGGGCUGCCUGGAAGCCUACACUGGGAUCAUCCAGGGAUUGAAGGGAGACCAGGAGAACGUGCACCCUGAUGUGAUGCUGGUGCAGCCCAGAGUAGAAUUUAUCCUGUCUUACAUCGACCACAUCGCCGGGGACGAGGAUCACACGGAUGGGGUGGUGGCCUGUGCUGCCGGGCUCAUAGGGGAUUUGUGUACAGCAUUUGGGAAAGAUGUUCUGAAAUUAGUAGAAGCCAGACCCAUGAUCCAUGAACUGCUAACGGAAGGGAGGAGAUCCAAGACGAACAAAACGAAAACUCUCGCGACCUGGGCGACUAAAGAGCUGAGAAAACUGAAGAAUCAAGCUUGGUAAGGGCUCCCUCCCACCUCCUUCCCUGCUCCACACUUAGGGGAUCGGCCUGGAAGAGGCACAAUCCCAAAGGCUCUGUUCUCU